UGAUGGUUUAGCGUACUCUACACACCUCUAUCCACAGCCUUAAUAGAAGCGUGCAAGCAUGUCCAAUAUUACGCAUAUAUAGCCAGCCUAUCACAGUAUGCAGCCGUUUGUAGCCAUACACAUAGGUGCCGGGUACCAUUCAACACAGAACGAAGCCAAGUACAAGAAAUUAUGUACAAUGGCGAGUGAUGCAGCAAUCGAAGCUAUGAAGGCUGGCGCUAGUGCCACACUGGGUGUGUGUGCAGCUAUACGAGUUUUAGAGGAUAGCUCGCUCACAAACGCUGGUUACGGUUCAAAUUUGAAUGCCGAUGGAUAUGUUGAAUGCGAUGCAGGGAUCAUGGAGGGUAGCAACGGACUCAGUGGCGGUGUAGCGGCUGUUAGAGGCGUGGACAAUCCUAUAGACUUAGCCUAUGAGGUCAUGAAGUGUCAGGCCGAUGGGAGCUGUGCAGGUCUUAUCCCUCCACUCUUGCUUUGUGGGGAUGGAGCCAGGGCUUUCGCCAAGAAACGCAUGCCUCAGCAUCUGGCGUAUGAUGCCGAACUCGAUAGUCACCAUAUCACAGAUUGCCCGCCAUCACUCAGAGAGCAGUAGGCAGAAGUACAAGUCGAAUAAGCAGACAUUAAGGGAUUGGAGAGAAGCCAGGGUGGCGAGCCUGCAAUCCGAUGCUGGUGAUGACUGUUUGGCAAAGAAUUCAAAAAGAGCGAGGACAGACUUCACUCAAGAUACGGUAGGAGCCAUAUGUAGCGAUUCGAAUGGCAGCGUCACCAGUGGAGUUUCGAGUGGUGGCAUAUCGUUGAAAAUGCCAGGUCGAGUGGGUGAGGCCGCAUUGUACGGAUGCGGGUGCUACGCCGAUAGUGAUCCCCAGAAAUCAAAAGACCAGGAGAGGGGGUCAGAACCGAGUGGCGUGGGUGUUAGCAUAUCAGGGACAGGCGAGUAUAUACAGAGAUCAAUGCUCGCUCUGAAUUGUGGGCAACAGCUCGCGCGUGAAAAUGAUGCCGACCCAGCCACAACAUUACACGGCACAAUCACAAGGGAAAUGCUAGAUUGCCGAUUUUUGAGGAAUGUGAAGGCGAAGCCAGUCGGCGUGUUGGCAGUAAAACGUAAUGUAGAAGGACUUGAGGUGAUUUAUGCGCACAACACUGCCAGUUUUGGUUUAGGAUACCGCCUGGGGGAUGCGAAGGCCGUGGCAAUUAUGUCAAGGCUUGAUUCUCUGUCAGCAAACACACUCAAAACCUCAAGCAUAUUUUGUAAGUACGCUUGACAUUAAGAUUACAAUAAUAGUGUAAAUAUGGAAGUCAUACUUUGGAAUUCAUUGAAAAGCAACACACUGAAGGCCUCAAGCCUCGCACAGCUCCAAUUGCAAUGGGUUGGUCCUGACAAGUCGUAUGAAGUUGUACGCAGACAGAUACACUUGAUUGCCCGAUAUACUUUCAAUAAAAUGCAAUUCGGGGGCAAGUAUGCAC